AUGGCGUCUCGCAAUCGCUCGAGGUCUCCAUCGACCGUUUCUGAGGGUGAGAUUAUUGAAUCAGGCUCAGAGAUGAAGGCAACUGCGUCAAAACCUCCUCUUAAUGGCACCAGCGUUGACCGUCCCCCCAGAGAUAGUUCUUCCUCGGCACGGAGAUCUCCCGGAUCGCUGAGAGGCAGCAGAUCGCCACGACGACGCAGAUCGUGGACGAGAUCCAGAUCCCGCUCACGUUCGCCCUACCAUGACAGUCGAGGCUCGAAGCGCAGACACGAUGACGACUACGACGGACCUCAUGAUCGGCGCCCUCGACAAGAGCCCCCGUCCCGCCGGUACGGGUCGCGACACGAUGACCGGUCAUAUGAUCGCAACGCCCCCCCUCGCCGGCUGAAGUCAUACCAUGAUUACGAUCGCGAGGAGAGCUAUGGUGGUAGCCUUCAGUAUACAGAUGACUACGAUCGUCGCAGGGAAAAGCGACCACGCACCCGUAGUCGAUCCCCUUAUCGUGAAGUCAGAAAACCUAAGCAGUACGACGACUCGACACCGCAUGUGGGUGGCGCAAGAGCCGUUGGAGACACCAAGCGGUGGUCGAAUGCGGACCAGGCUGUGAGCGCAAGAGGAAAGACCCCAACAGGCACUCGGAAACCAGUGGUUGGUGCUGAAACACACGAGAAUCAGAUGCAGCAAGCCCCCCCGAAACGGGCGCACUUUGCCGAUGAUGUGGAUACCCGAAUGGCAGAAUCGACAGAAGACUCGCAGCCAGCCGAGCCCAUGGACGAGGCGGCUGCCGUGGAGGCUCGUCGUAGACGGCGUGAAGCGAUCAAAGCCAAGUACCGCAGUCAAGCGAGUCCAAUGCAUCUCAAGGCUCUGCAGGUUCCCGGCGGCGAGACGGAUUCAUCGACAACCGGGACGGAGCCGACGGACACAAGCACACAGGGGAGUCCCAGCUCUCCUCAACUUUCCCCUGCACCAAACACUCCUAGUGAGCAGAUUGGAGACGCUCUCUCCGAUUUCACCAUUAGCAAAGAUGCGGAUUUAGUCAACUCCUCUGCACCUACCGAUGGGGCCGAGAAGGAUGAGCCUUCUGCUGCGGACUAUGACCCCAUGCUAGAUACUAAGCAGGAACGUGAAAAAGCCGGCGCGGCCAAUUUGACAAAUGGGGAGGUGUCAUCCACUGCUUAUGAUGAGACACAGGCCACGAGGCAGGACAUUCUCUUGCCAGACACUGCACCUCAACAAGCUCCCGCCACCGCCACAGCUAAAGAUCCGUACGAUAUGUUUGCCGAAGAUGACGAUGACAUGUUUGCCGAGGAACCCGCUCAUGGACAGCCUGCUCACGCAUCGGCUACUGCCGUGCCCCAGCCACAGGAGUUGGACAUCAGCAUGAUGGACAAUUGGGACGACCCUGAAGGCUACUACAAGGUACGACUCGGCGAGUUGAUCAACGGAAGGUAUCAUGUCACGCAAAAUCUGGGGAGAGGAAUGUUCUCCUCCGUGGUGCGAGCUACCGAUUCGGUAACGGAGACUGUAGUUGCUAUCAAAAUCAUCCGUCAAAACGAUACGAUGCGCAAGGCAGGUAUGAAGGAGAUUGGAAUCCUGGAGCAACUGCACGAGGCCGACCCCGAGGACAAGAAGCACGUCAUCAAGUUCAUCCGCUACUUUGACCACAAGGGCCACCUCUGCAUGGUCUUUGAGAAUCUCAGCAUGAACCUGCGUGAGGUGCUGAAGAAGUUUGGACGGGAUGUGGGCUUGAACUUGAGAGCCAUCCGGGCCUAUGCGCAGCAAAUCUUCCUUGGGUUGAGCCUUCUCCGCAGUCGCAACAUCUUGAAGGUUUGCGAUUUGGGCUCUGCCUCUCCAGCCUCGGACAACGAGAUUACCCCUUACCUUGUCAGUCGUUUCUAUCGGGCCCCGGAGAUUAUCUUGGGCAUUCCUUACGACUUUGCCAUUGACGUCUGGUCCAUUGGUUGUACUCUGUUUGAACUUUACACGGGCAAAAUUCUCUUUACGGGUCGCAACAACAACCAGAUGCUCAAGUCGAUUAUGGAGUGUCGUGGCAAAUACCCCCCCAAGUUGCUGCGACGGGGCUCCCUCGCUCACAUGCACUUUGACGAGAUGCUCAAUUUCCACAGCGCGGAAGAAGACAAAUUGACCGGCCGUCCUGUGACUCGCAUCGUGGACUUUAAGAAGCCCACCCGUGAUCUGAAAAGCCGGCUGAUGGGCAAAGGCACGCGGGGAAUGUCGGAUGCGGAUGCAAAAGAUUUGACGCUUUUUGUCGACUUUUUGGAUAAGUGUCUGACCUUGAACCCGGAGAAACGCUGCACCCCCGCCGAGGCGCUCAAGCAUCCCUUUUUGAAUCGGAAAUAG